UGGUUAUAUAUCACACAGUUGUGCUAUGCUUAAAUGUGUCUUGUUGUUGGUUACCUCAGAUGUAGAUGUCUCUGCUGGGAAGAUGAGUGUCCUGGCUGGUGUGCCCAGACUAUAAUCAAGAAAGAUGUGGGCUCUCCUGAGGCAUCAGCCACCUCACCCUAAUGCAGGCACCCAAAAUAGAGCAGAGAGCUAUCCCUGGUCCCCAGCUCCUGGAUAGGGCAUUUCUCACCUACUUGAAAGACUGUUUAGUAAUUUCCAUCCUGAAAGGAAACCUUAGCACAGAUUUGAGUCUCAGAUUGCAUGUGUCCCAGAGAUGCAAAGGAUGCCAAUGGCUUCUACAUUCCAGUCCUGUGUUUGCCACACAGAGCUGAGCCAGUCUGACCCAUGUCAGUUCUACAGCUAUAACCUGAUCUGGAAUGUCUUGCAGAGCUCUCCCUCACCUCAGGCACUUGCCACGCCACAUCCUAUCCUUGUUUUGCAGAGCCUAAUUACUUUCUAGCGUGGGAGGACUUGGAGAACAUGCUGGAGUUGUUCAUCCAGCCUUUUUGAUUUGCUUUGGUAUUUAUAAACACAGUGAGGAUAUGAUUUGUGAUGCAAGGCCAGGUCAGUGUGGAAGCUUUGGGGUGAGUAAUGCCUUCCUCUGCACAUCUGAGCUGCAGAAAAGGACCAGAAAACCCAUGAGGAGGAGAAAAGUGAAUCCUCCGCAGGUGGUAGAAGCUUACAGAGAGCAAGGAGAGAGGUCUUUCUGGAGGGAGCAAGACAAUCCCCAGGUGCAGAGAAUGAGUCCAGUGCCAACAAACUUCCUGGGCAGUGCCCUCCGGGGCACUUUCUUCUUCACCUUUGGCCUGUGGUGGUCGGUGCGGUACCCCCUGAAGUACCUGAGGAGGAAAGGUGACGCCGAGGGCCAGCUGGGCCAUGGGCGCACAGAGGUCUUUGAAGGCGCAGUCAAAGCUUUCUUUGCGUUAGUAGGGAUACUGGUGGAGCAGUUUGUCCCCACCGGUCCACACCUGCAACUGUACAGCCCCCAGAUGCACAGCUGGACUGACCUCACCCACUGGCACUACUCCACCAUCUACCUCUUCUUCCUCCUCUCUGGCAUCACAGAUGUGAUCUCACACUCCCCGCUCAAGCUGCCCCCUGGCUUGGACCGGCUCUCACUGUCCCUGGCUCUGCUUGUGGAAGGUUUGCUCUUCUGUUUCCGUGACUACAGUAAUGCUCGGCUGGACCAGCACCUCCACUCCCUGCUGGCCAUGGCUAUCUUUGCCGGAGCCCUCUGUGCGCUCCUAGAGGUGUUCCUCCGAGACCAUAUCAUCCUGGAGAUCUUCAGGACCAGCUCCUUCCUCCUCCAGGGCUCUUGGCUUUGGCAGAUUGGGUUUGUGCUGUCCCCUCCAUGGGGAGGACCAGGCUGGGAUCAGAGUGAUUCCAGCAACCUCUUGUUCCUCACCAUGUGCUUCUGCUGGCAUUCCAUGGGUGCUCUCGCCGUUGUGACCACCAACGCUGCCGCAUCCCGCUGCUGCAAUGAGUCCUGCCAGCUGAAAUUUGGGGACAUCGACGUGGAGUUGGACUGUGGCUUGUGCCUUCAUAGAGGGAAGAAGAUCUCCAGUGGCGCCUUGCUGCCAGAGAGCAGCUCAGAUGACAAAUGAGGUUGUGGGCAUGGAAGUCUCUUCCCUCAUGAUUUAGAGCUCUUGAGAUGAGGUUUUUAAUUAGUCUUCAUAAACUACAGCGGCACUUGACAGUGGAGCAUCAGAAGUAGGCGGCAGGACCCUGAGGUGGAGCAUGGCAAGGAAUGCAAAGACUUUCCUUCUGCAUCCCUUUGGUAGCCACAGGUUCUUAAUUCUCUGAGCUGCAGCUCAAGCUGCAGGCUGCAGGACUGUUUUGCUGUUGGAGUCCGACUGGUGUGGAAAAUCUGACUAUUUUUUUUAACAUUUCCCUUCUGCUUCCUCAGAAGGGAGCCAAGCCAGCAUUCAAAGCUCCUGGUGGCUGUCACUCUCUCUGGUGUUAAUGGAAAGGGCUUUGUGCAAAGCUGAAUGUACAGAGUAUCUGUGAUCACCAAUAAAGUGCUUUAACACAUCUC